CGGAGGCUACUCUAUUAAAGGUUGUCAGACUGUCAUGCCUGCUUGUCACGCCUAAAAAUGAUCCUUCUCUCCCUACGCUUACAAUGAAAGAAAUAGUUUUCUGAUAUGAAUAUUGGUCUAGAACAGCUCUGUAUAAUAGAAAAAAAACUAGUUUGAAUAGUCAAAACUGGAAAGUUCUUCCCUACAACUGAUAAAUCCUUGGUCAUAACCUGUGUACUUAACGACAAGGUUUCAAAAACUGUGCACAGUUAGCAGGCGGCAUUACUUUUUGCAAGCGUCUGAUGGCCAGGUAUUUAUGAAGAUAGUUUGUUUAAGGGUUAUAUCUUAAUCUUUAAUUUUUUCUCCGAUGACAAUUGCAGCACGUCAGUGAGGUAAUUUAAAUACGCCAAAGCCUUAGAGGUGGCAGAUGUCCAAGGACUCCUUCGUGCUGAUCAACAAGCAAGGCAUCGUUUGUGAUCGUAAAAUCAUGAAAACUUGGUUUUGGAUUAUCAGUUGGUCCCUUUCCAUCCUGGCCAUAACUGGAAAUGGAUUCAUCAUCUUCCUUGUUUGGGGCAAACGGCAGCUUCGCACCAAAACUAACGCGUUCAUCGUUUCACUCGCCGUGGCGGACUUUUGUGUUGGGAUGAGCGCUGUUCCUUCGCUGUUUGUGUGUGAGAUGGAAAAUGGCUGUAAAUUGUCAUUUACUUCGCGUGUAAUUGUUUGGGACGCGAGGAACCUGUUCGCAUAUGCGUCUGUGACCAACCUUUGCUGUUUAGUCCUGGAUCGCUACAUUGCUGUUGUAAAACCUUUAAAAUACUUGACAUUUAUGAAGCGUCACCGAGUCAUUCAGAUGGUUUCCUCAUCCUGGGUAAUUUCCUUCGCCGUUAUUGCUGUUCAGGCAAUGUACAAGCACUUUUUCAAAGAGAAUUCAAUUCUCUUUCACUUUUCGGUUUGUUUAGUUUUCAUCAUAGAGUUUUUCCCAAGUGUGAUGUUGAUUUUCUGCUUUGUAUCUAUGUUUAGGGUUGUCAUUAAGCAUAAUCGAGCCGCUCGCUCAUUGGCGAAACAGUUACACUUUAACCAUCGGGUUUUCUUCAAAACUCACGAAAAGUCUGCCAUUAUAAUGAUGGGGAUUGUGAUAAGUUUGUUUCUUGUGUGUUACGGGAUAUAUAUUCGAUGUACUGUCAUUUUCUUGUAUCAUAGCAAAAACGAAUGUAAAGAUGUUUUCUAUAAAAUUCCUGUCUUAGUGCUAAACUCAGCAAUCAAUCCUCUGGCUUAUUCUUUUUUCAAGAGAGACAUUAACGAAGAGUUUAAAAGACGCCUUUGCUUCGCCGUUUUGAUAAGACGAUGACUCGUCCUCUUGAUGAGAACAAAUUUUACAUUGGGGCACUGUUAGUAAUGUGACAGUUUGAGGGACUGAGGCAGAACCUUUAUUCUGUUAGAGCUCUUUUACUCUCAGCUUAGAUGGAAAAGGAUCAUUAAAUAUCGAAUUUAUUGUAGGAAUCAGCUCUUUUUAGGUUAAAUGAAGCGAGAAGGUGACGUGAAAAGAGAGAGCUAAGCCAUAGAUGUGAGAUAAUAAAAGGUUACGAAAAUUGUGUCCAUGAGGAUUCGAACCCGGACCGACCAGUUUC